AUGUCUGAAGCUCCAGUCCCUAGCAUAGGUGCUGGGGGACUCGCCGCAGGUGCUCUUCCACCUCCGGAGAUUCCUGUUUCUGGGGUCAAUUCAACGCCUAGCAUUGGCAAGAACAGGGCACGGACCCGUAUUAUCAAUCGCAGGCCACGGAAACCUAUCAGCUGUCAUCCUUGUCGGCAAUCCAAGCUGAAGUGCGAUCGACAACAGCCCUGUGCCUCGUGCAAACGGCGAGAGUGCAUCGAAUCCUGUGUUUAUGAAGGUCCCCGUAAGAAUAAGGCGGAUGCGGGGAGACUGGCAUCAUCUGAGGUCGUGCGGCGUCCCGAUUCAAGAGACUCUCAAGGUCUGGCAAGCCCAGAGUCUCUGUCGUUGGCCCCGGGGCCGAACAGAUUUAUUCGCACGCCAAUUCGAACAAGCGGUUCAUUAGCCCACGAUCACGACUAUCAAGAGUAUAGUCAUGCUCACUGGGAUGCUCUUUUGCAGCGGCCGAUAGACCAAAUGCAUCAACCAUCAUCUCCGCAAAAUGACCCUUUCUCACUGCCAAGUAACCUCUGCUUUCCAUUUUCUCUAGGCCCCAAAGUGUCCAAGAGUGAUAUCUUGGCCAUGUUGCCAUCAUCCCAUGCCUGCGAGUAUCUAAUCACGCAAUACUUCAUGCGGCUCUCGCCCCUCUUCCAUAUAUUACAUGGACCAACGUUUCAGAAGCAAUACGAUGCGUUCAGGCAGGAUCCGUCCGGUGCAGAUCUUUCCUGGAUGGCAUUGCUGUUCUUGAUUUGCUCCGCGACGUUGAAGAGUAUGGAGAAGGACGAGAUUGCACUAGUCGAUAUUCAGCCUACGGUAUCCGAUUCCCAUGACAUAUCCUCGAUCUCUUACAAGCUGCGAGCUGCUUCGUUGAUCUGCCUAUCGCAGAAUCAGUUUUUGAUCCGUCACAAUCUCAGCACGCUUGAAGCUCUUUUGGUGCUGAUAUAUACAAUCAGUAAUAUUGAGGGCGUCGAGCAUGCCUGGACACUACUAGGGAUCGCAUUGAACAUAGGCAUUGCAUUACAGUGCAAUACUGACAUAAAUCAUUCGCAGCUCAGCUGUAUUGAUAUCGAACGGCGUCGUCGUUGUUGGGCUGGUAUCCUGAUGCUGCACACUUACCAGGCUAUCUCAUUCCGAGAUGUCAACAUGUCUCUUUUGCUUAAUACUGAAGCUACAAUGCCGGCAGAUGUCAACGAUGUCGAUAUCAGAGAUGACACUAUCCUACCACCAUCUAGCAAACCGACCCAGAUGUCCGUCAUGAAAUUCAAAUUUCGAAUGUUUCAGCUAUCCAGCAAGAUCUGCCACCGUCUAUCCAGUAACUCAAGGCUCGACGAAUCCACACUUGAUCACUUUGAUGGCCUUAUCUCAGAGCAGCAGCAGAGUUGGGACACGGUCUUUCUGCUAGAUGGGUCGCCUAGUAUCCUGGAUACUUCAAGUUAUGCUCAUUGGUGCAUCUUGCAAUUGUAUGCGCAUCAACUAUAUCUACUCAUACAUCGACCAUUCUGCAAACCGCGGGGUCCCUCUUUUCGACCAACGUCUAGAGCAAAAUGCAUUGAUUCCGGCGCCGCUUUAUUAGAUAUCCAUCGUCAGUUCUCCGAUCUCCCGCGCCUGCGACAUUACCGUUGUUUUGUUUAUGGGUUGGUAAGCUUUUAUGCCAUCCAUGGAGCCAUGGCGUUGGCAUCAUGCUUGCUGGACGAACACGAUGCGCAUGAAUCCUCGUACUACUCCAUGUUCGCUUCGGCCGUGGCACGUUUCGAUAGCCUUCAGAGUAAAAGUCAGAUAUGUAUUAAGGCCUGUCCCAUUCUUCGACACCUCCAGCUAUUGCUGUCAACUGAACAAUUUCGACUGCCUAACUCAGUUGACUACAACUUUGGGGCUACUUUCGACGACUGGAUUGAUGGCGUGCAAUGGCUAAAUCCGGAGUCUAUAAACUGGGUAGCACAACUUCUCCCCUUGUCUGGGUAUUUUAACAUUUACUAA